UGCUUAAAAAAUUUUUUAAAUUUUGUUAUAUAUUUUUAAUAAAUUUACAAUGAACAUAGAUAGUGCAGCGAGAAACUUUUAUUGGUAAAACUAUUAAAAAAUUUGAUUAGUCAUAUACAUCUGACUUUUGACUCCUUUACAGUCAACUGAUAAGACUCGUAUUUUGCCUUUCGAUAGUAAACUAAAGUUCUUGUAUCUGUUGACGAAACUAAAGUUGAAUUGCUUCUGAGAAAUGCAAAUGGAUAGACGGACUGACAAACGGUUACUGUAAAAUUAUAAAAUGAUUAAUUUUAUUAUUUAAUUCUUAAUGCUCUUUGAAAAUCAAUUCAGAUGUGUGUAUGUGUGUGUAUCAGAAUAUAAUAUCGAUUUAUCUUUUGCCUCCUUUCAUUAUUUGUCUUCGGCAUAUAUUGUAUAAAUAUCGCUUGGCCUAGGAAUACGUUUUCUCGUUAUUUGAGUGGCCAUUUAUUCAACGAUAUGCCAAAAAAUUUUUAAUAUUUAUCAAUUCUUUUCAAAUGGAGGACUGUAUAUCGUUUACUUAUGAUUUGAUUGAACGAAUGAUUCUUUUUUGGAUGUCAUUCUAGCACAUAUAUCGUUCGUCACAAGUAUAUUUUUAAAUAGAUUGUUAUACAUCUAAGAUGUUCUAAUUUUAUAGAAAUAAUUGAGUGGCAAUUAUUUUUAUAAAUUGAGAGAAAGAAUCUUUAAAUACCGAAAAUAUUGCUUUCAUGUAACAAACGCUUCACUAUUGUGCGUACAAGGGGUUCAUUGGAUCAAUAUCCAUUUCCUUACACCUGAAGCACCACCAUGAUUAGCUAUAGCUUUAGUGGAAAAGUUUUUACGUCUAUUACGGCGAAAACUAGGGAUAUCAUUUACGUGCGUACGUUUAAUGCGACUGCGUGUACUAAUAUACACGGUGUUCUGUGUGUAUCAUGUAACAAGAAGAUGUAAAAUUACACUUUAUAAUAUACAUUUUUUUUUUAAUUACGUGAUAAUUUAUUAGGUAUAACCUUAUCAAAAAAUAGACUCGAGCUGUAAUGCAAAAUCGAUUGUGACCUGAUUCAAAUCACGAGGUCAUAAAUAGCUGUUCCAAUAAAAACUCGAAAGUCGACAGUCCUAAAUAUUUUUGUAAAGCUGUCGUAGCGUCGAAUUCGAUCAAAUCGUUUUACUUUGCGAACGAAGCGACCACUUCCAUUUUAAAUUCACUGCAGCGCUUUAUAAUUCACCCUAUAUGCAAUGUGAACAACGCCGGUGACAAAGCGUGCAGAAUCGUCGGAAAAUAAUCGAUCGUAAGCGAGGUGUACGUGCGUGGUUGAAGUGCGGGACAUCGUCAUUCGGCCUCUUUGAAGAUUGGACGUUCGCCGAAGGACGUUCCCGCAUUUCAAUUCUGUGCGAACGCCGUGGAAGACUAAAGAAAAUUUGUUUCAAGUGAAACGGACAUCCGUUCGAACGAAAAGCAAAGUUUGUGAUUGUCACGCGAUUUCGUACGGAGACUCCGUAUUCCGCCACGAGAGCAAAAGAGAAGAAAAAGAAAAAAGAAGAGAAAUUGCAUAAAUUGAAUGCAAAACGCUGCGACCCGAUCGCCAUACGAUAUACAUUCAUCAAGCAAACGCGGCAGCGCAACGAUACCAUGACGGUCUCGCAAUCUACGAAUGUGGCUCUAUAUAAGCAAUAACACACAAUAUGUAUAUUCAUUAAUCACAUUUCCGGUGCAUCGGAAAGGUCGAAGCUUUUCCGAAAAUGGAUACGAAAUUGUGAACUGUGCCUCUUGCCGCUUGAUGAAUAAAUCGUGGCCUGGUGAAUUAUUGAUGCUUUACGAUAAACAGACGAAUUAACGUAAUUUAAUUACGAGAAGGCCGAAAAUAUUUGCCGGCUUUUAAGAGGUCGGAAUAAAGCAAACUGUUCUGAAUAAAGGCGCUGUUUGAAGCACUUGUCGAAUGUUUCUCUUUUAAAAGUGGAUCGAGACGCUUUGCGUGACUGCAAAAGAUGACGUCGCCGACGAAAAUGAUUUGAAUUCUUCACUACGAACGAAAGAAUAUUUGUACUUCUUUAUAUCUGACGAAUGAAGGGGGAUGAUAAAUAAUUAAUAACGGAAUCAUGUCGCGCCUUCGUCAAGUUGCGAAAAUGAAGUUUCGUGUGCUAUUGACGAGUUAUGCUGACGUUGACCAAAAACAGAAAACAAGAUGGACGAAUACGACAAAAAGUUUGCAGAGAUGCAAAAGUACAUUCCAUUUUUGGAAGCGAUGAUCCUGAGAUUGCAAAACGUUAAAGACAAGGAUAACCGGGAAAUUCAAUUGCAGAAAAUGCAAAGUCUGCUUGGAAUUUUGUCAAACAACAAGCGACGAAAGUUAAAGAUCGAGACUUUGGAACGUUGCGAAGAUGUUUUGCAGAAGCUGUAUAAUAAAGUAGAAAAGUUUCAGGGAAAUACACCUGGUUUACAAUUGUCAAGUAAGCAUCGUGAUUUCACCUCGCAACCUUCGACUUCAAGAGCGAAUUGGUGUCAGGAAGCAGAGCAAUCACAAGAUAAAGAAAUUAUUGAGGAAACACCAGCAAGUCCGGAUACUGCAAGAUCUUCCAGUCCCGAUUGCCAAAUUUUGCCUAUAGUAAUUCCCACGGAGCGCGACAAGGAGCAGAACAAAGACAAAAGACAGAAACAACGUUCCAAAAUAAUUCCAAUUAUUACGCUUACGGAUAAUACAAAAACUAUAACCAUCUCGUCGCCAUCAGAAGCGGAGUCCAAUGCAGACGAUGUUACAUAUACUGAAUGGGACAUGUUAGAGGAAUCGGAAAGGCAUAGCUCGAGAAACAGAGAAAAUCGGUCAUCUUCGUUAAUCGCUACCAGCCAUGAUGUAUUGACUGCUGCAAAGUUAAUUAGUGACAGUCUACCGCAAAAAGUUAGUGAUAAUAGAAGUUAUGAAUUAAACCCGCAAGAUAUAUUGACUGUCCCGGUGCCUUCUCUCGGUGGUUCCAGGCGAUUGUCCUCGGUUCUAGAGAAAAGUAAGCUAAGUUUGAGCUCAUUAAACAUAAACAUCGCCGAUUCCUCUAGACCGGAAUCACCCGUGAAUGUUCCUGAAGUGAGACUCAACUCUCCUGAUCCUGAAAUAUUGUUUGCGAAACCCACAACCUCGUCGCCCAAACCGAAAGAUAGUCAUAACACGUCAAAACCACCAUCGAAACCGCCGUCAAUACCGCUUCUAUUCUCACCACCUUUGUCCCACGAGCCUCCAUUGUCUAUGGAAGAUCUGGCGGAACUAUUAAAUGAAGGCGAUGGCAAGAAUGAUAAUGGCGAGAGUGAAAAUGCCACAAAGAAGAAGCAAGAAACGGACAAAACAUCGAAGAAUCUAUCAUUAUCGGAGAGAGAAAAGCUUACCACUAGAAAAAAUUUACCAAAUACAGCAGGAACUUUGCCCAUGAAAUCAAGUGCUACCUCAUCAAUCGGACCAUCUCAUCAGUCGAACGAUUCUCACCGAUCGACUUCUAUAUUUCAAGAGCCGCGUUACGCAGAUAACUAUGAGAGGCAUCCACGUCAACGUGAUGCUCAUUCUCAUGAGAGCACAAAAGAUAAGUCAACUAGUAGUCCCAUUAUUCUUGAUGAAAUCUCUCCUCAGAUAUCAAUUCUUCAUAACGCUGCGAAUAAACCAAAUGAGAGAAAUUCCGUUCCGUUGUAUCAAAGACGCCCGCCAGAAGGAUGGAAGGAAACGAAUCUGCCUAGACAGGAGAAUGAAUUCAUAAUAGAUAAUACUGACUAUUAUAAUAUGCACACGAAUCAGAUGCAUUGGUCCUCUCCCACGGCCAUUAGUGACCAUCAGUUUGGUAAUACGCAAUGGACACCUUCUACUUAUGGAAUGACUAAUCCACUGCAACCCACUCAGCAUCCUUUUCAACAUCCGAUGGAACCACAAUUUAGGCAAAAUCAGUUUCCGCCAGCUUUACCCACUGGCCCUAGACCAUUGAUUAAUCCCGCGGUGCGACCGCAGGAGAUGAGUCAUGUGAGACCGGAAAACAUUCGGGAAGAUAUUCCAUCUUCGAUACCUCCUGGAUUUUCAUCGCAAUACAGAGGCUUUCAGAUGGGUCAAGGAUCUUACGACCCAGGCACUGUUGGUAGACCGACAGAAUAUCCACACGUAAGACCAACGUGGGAAGGUUCUGCUAAUAGGGUAAACGAGACUAAUUACGAAAAUGUGAUUUCCUGUGGAAUUCAGGUCGUAGAGAAUUCCACAGGGAUUUCGUAUCCACGACCCAACACACCUUGUCCUUGGGGCACACGUGACAGGCCAAACAGAGGUCAGGGGAGGGAUGGAUAUUAUGAGAGAAAUAGGACAGAAGUGAGGCCCAAUUUUAAUCGUGAUGUGCGACGAACCGAUUGGUCACGCGAUGGUCACUCUGAUCGGGAAAAUCUGAAUCGUUUCCCAAAUCGAGAUCCACGUGUUCGUACGGAACAUAACGUGACAAGUGCGAAUCAGGCCAAAGACACUGGCUUUUCGGCCAGAGAUCCGCGCCUUGCCAAAGAUAAACAUGUGAAUUCAUCAACCAAAGAUACUGUUCACUAUGAGAGAGAUCCAAGGAUACGGGAUCCUAAACCGGCAAAGACAACGAUGACAAAGGAGAAACCAUGCUCGCAGAAAUUAUCUGAAAAAGAUAAGUUAGACAAAUUGCCCAAAGACAGAAUGCAGUCACCGCUAGAAAGUCUUUAUGGAGUAAUAGACACGAAGGCCAGUCAGAAUUCUGGUCUGCAUAAGUUCAAAAUUCCUAAAAUCAAACGACCAGAACCACCAAGUCGCAUCAUUAACGAGAAAAAUACUGAAAACACGUCCAAACCAUCACGUGCAAAGAGUAGUAGUAGCAAGAACAACAAAUUGUCUUUUAAUAAAAACAAGGACGUUGCAAGUGCUGAAGUGAGCAGCAGUAGUGAUGGUAAUCAUAUAACGGAGAAUCCGAUUCAACAAAAUGAUGCUGCAAAGGAGGGUAAGAUUAUUUCGUCAUCUUUUGAUAAUGAAAUAGAUUUAGUAGCAAAUAGUUCUAAGUCUAGCGAUGUCACGAAAAAGAACAAGAAAAAGAAUGAAUCAGAUGCGCAUGGAUCGAAACUCAAGUACGAGGAAUUGAUUGAAACACUUAUUAGGAAAUCGUUCGAAGUCGGUACAGGCAAGACGCUAGUUGAACAAGCGAAGUUGAUACAAGAACUCACAAAAGCGAUAAGUUCAGAAAAUUACAAAAAAGUUGAGAAGAUAAUAAAAACUUCUGAAAAAUUAAAAAAAUCUGAGUCUGAAAGUACUUCGGACAAGGAUGAAAUGGUCGAAGUGAAAAAAACUCAAAUCAAGAAAAAAAGACGAGUGAUAGUAUCAGACAGCUCAGACGAUGAGUGUCUUGCAGAAAGACUUGGUAUCUUAAACACUGACACUGACACAAACGAGAGAGAGAUGGUUUCUGCAAUCUCCACUCAUCCUAAAAAUUCGGAAAAGAAACUCGAGGUAACAGCAUCCAGUAGUAAUUCAAGUAAAGAUCUAAUUAACGAUAUUACCACGAAGGAAAAUAGUUCAUUGAAAACUUGUGACGAAAAACAUGUCCAAAUAGAUAAUAAUAGUAAGACUAAAGAUGUGCAAUUGAAGAAGAAAAAUGAUAAGAACGAUCGAUUAGAAAAUGGUAAUGAAAAUAUUGUUCAGUCAGAAAGCGAAAAGUUAAUAAAUAGUGAAGAUAGAUUAGAAGAUGAAGAGAAGAAACAAAUUGAAGAUAACCAGGAUAAAAUCGAUCAAAGCACUGUCGAAGAGAAGUCAACGGAUAGUGUAGAAAAUAGUAUAGAAUGUAUGGAUCAGAAUAGUACAAAAAAUAAUACAGAAUGUUUGGAUCAGGGUAAGGAUCAAACAACACAAUCUGUCACUGAUAUUGCAGAUCAAACUGAUCAAAUUUCAACUGAUAAACCAAAGACAAAAACAAGGAGAAGAAACUCUUUGGAAAUGUUGCAAGAGGAUAUCAGAGAAAUGUUCAUUAGCGAAGAUGUAGUAACAGCGACAGGUUAUCGAAUGUGCCGAUUGUCGAAGGAAGGUCAGCCGCCCUCGGGAAUAAGUACAUCAUCAACAAAUUCUAAGAAGGACGAGUCAUCGAAUACUGCGGAAAAGAAGAUUGUGCCGAAUAUCGAAACAAGCGAAUUGGUAACAAGCAACAAGUCGAAGAAAAGUUUAAAAUCUCGUAAUAUCGGAGAAUCGAGUAAACCGAAAGCUAAGAACACACGGUUGACUCGCAAUUUACGUUUACAGAAAUCGUUUCUAAAUUCUGACAGUGAAGAAGAUCAACCGUUGGCUCUGCGAACAGAAAAGUUGCGGAACACCACGCCGAAUCGAGAAGUAGAUCACAGUGAAGAAAGCAAUGACGCACUUUGUAAAUCUAAACGUAUCAUGUGUAAAGACAUUAUUAAGGAACCUCGAGUGCUUGUGGAGAAAACGGAUAUUAGUAAGCUAGAAUCCAAGGUAAUGUUCGAUAGCUCGUCUGAUGAGAGUUUUGGUAUUGAUGUGUCUGAAUUAGCCGCGGCGGUAGACAACUCUCUUCGGCCGGACAAGUUUGAUCAGGACUCCGUGGAAACGGGGAUUAGUCCGAAGAGACAGAAAAAUGUCAAAAAUGCUAGUAAACGGAAAUCGAAAAAGUCGAGUGCACUCAUAGAUAACAAAAGUGAGAACGAAUCGUUCACAGAUGAGGAGAGCGUGAUAUCAGACAUUUCUAUGUCGAGUAGUACGACUGUCAUGAAAAGAACUGGUGGUGCAGCUAGAACAACUACUAAGGAGGAACUUUUGAGCAACAUUUUAGUAGGGCUGACAUCGACGACGGAAAAGAAUACAUUGACUGACAAAGGUAAUGAAGCGGACUACGAAGAGGACGUGACUGAUCUGUUAGCCAUCGAGCCGAGCACGAAAAAAACCUUGGUGAAAAAGAAGAAAAAGAAAUCCAGCUGGCAGAUGGGCAUAGUUACUACUAAGAAGAAAAAGAAGAAAACUUCUUCCAAAACUGCUCAAAUGAGUGUUGAAGAGAAGAAUACUGAAACAAAUAUUUCAACGGAUACUAAGCAAGCUGACCAAUCGAUCGUGGGAAAUAAUAAGUCUGUAACAGCAAAUAAAAUUGAAAAGAUUCUUGGGAGUGACCAUGCUUUUGUUGAUGAUGCCAAUAUAGAUUUGAUGGUAAAACGUGAAUUAAAUGAGAUUAACUCGCUUGUAAAUACGGAUAACUUUGGUGCAGAUUUUAAAGACUUGGGUAACUUUACUGCAUUAUCAGAGUCCUCUAAUACAAUACUUAAAGAAGAAACACUCAUUAAUGAGUCGUUUUCUAUUGAAGAAAGUAAACCAAUAAAAGAAGAAGUGGAAGAUUUUAGUAGCACUGAUCUUAUUACGGCAAGUGCUGCUGAUGUGCAGACUGAUACUUCAAACAAAUUUUUCAAGGAAUCACCGAAGAUUAUUUAUGAUGAGCUGAUGACGGAACUCUUCCACAGGAUAGAUAUUAAGCAUUUAAUAAAUUAUGCAUGGGCUGGUCAGGACAAAUAUAAAUGUUUGUUAUGCUUUUUUACGGGCAAGAAUAUCGUUUAUCAUUAUAAAGUUAUGCAUCCUGGAAAAGAAGUACUUAUCUCGAGGCUCAAGUCGACGGAUGCUAAGACUGCAAUCAUGGAAACCGAGCAUAGUUCAAUGCUAGCAUCCACAGCAGAGACGAAUCAAAUGUGCAAGUUUCGCUGUAGAUUCUGCUGUUUUGUCACAGAAGGCGCAGCGGACGUGGCACUCGAGGCGUUCUACGAACACUGUACCACACAUACAGGUGAAUAUAGGUUCCACUGCAACAACUGUUCUUAUCAGGCAGUGGCCAAAGCGUCUAUGAGAACGCACUAUUACAAGGUAUGUCGUAAGGAUGCGAAAACAUUUAACGAAUCUGCGUCUGAGGACGUCAUACCGAGGGAGGGUGGCAUCUAUGGCUACCUAUGUUGUAGUUGUAAUUAUGUACAGCUAAAGCGACAGAACGUGGAGACACAUAUGGCAUUUUGGCAUCGAGAGCAGAUAGGCACCGAGAUAUUGAAGAUUAAUAUGUCGAUAUCUGAUGAACACGCUACGAGUAAUAACGAAAAGUCACACGAAUCAGAAUCCGUUAACGCUGAGGAAUCUUUCACCAUAGAGACAAAACCACAGGUUCCUGAACUUCAAUGUGAAGCUAUGCCGUUAAUGGAUAACACAAGGUCAGCGAAGUCCGUAAAUAAAGAUGCUACCAAUGAAUGUAUUCUGCUUGAAUCGAAAACGAAAAAGAAUCUUAAAAUCAAACAAGAAGCAGAAGAAAGACCGAAACUGUCUCAAAAAGAAUCAGAGGGGCCGGUGGUCGCCGGUAAUCUAAGCGUAUUCGUUGUUCCACCUGAAUUGGAAAAUAAAGAUAUCGAGAUACAGCGGGAACGGCAGAAGACGAUGCAAGAGAUCGCCAAUAAUAUCGGUAUUUCGUUAAAGAAUUCUAAACCGGGCUUAUCCAUAAUAGACAAACUUCAAAACAAAAUGCGUACGGACGCAGUUGUCAGUCCAGUUCCUGAAUGUGACACGCCAGCGGAUAUUCCGAAAACGAAAGAAAAUCCUUCAGUGCCUUUUGUGAGCGCGUUUGAACCUUUAAAAUCAGAGGAGCUGAUCAUUAACGAAGAUCCUUUAAUUCAGCCGAGCAGUCAAGAGGAUCCUCUUUCUCUUACGGGAAAACAACUAGUUGUUGAUACAUCAGAGGUGACGAAUGAUGAAAGUGAUAAAGUGGACGUGAAGAUUCGGGACCCUCUUAUGAUUAUGGAUUCAUGCAAAAAUAAUGAAAGCGAUGGCGAAAACAGCGACAACGAGCAUUCGGCGCCAAUUUUUGAAUCGGAUUAUAGUAGUGAACAAUCGGAUUCUGAACAGACCGACGUAAAUGUGAUCCUGAAGGAAACUUCAAAUAUGAACACGUCUUCGUUACGUGACCCGAUGCUAACAACGAUACAGAGAUUGGCCGCGCAGCUUCAAAAUACAAAACCGUUGGAGCAGAUGCCCGAACCGAUGCUCGAUAUUAAAGUGGAAAUCAAGACCGAACCUAUGUCUGUAAUUCCGAAACCACCGGACGUCGUACCAAUUGCUAAUAACAAGCGUUUAUUGACGAAACAACAAAACGCCAAUAGUUCGAAAAAGGAAACGUUGACACCAACAUCGUGUAAGAACGCCAAUUCGUCUAAGAAUUUUAUCCGACCCAGGCGAUUGAGUGGUGACAUGCUAUCUGUGCCAACGCAGUCUUCAGAUAAUCAAGAAGAUCCGCAAAAGUCCAAUAAAGAUGGAGUUCAAUUGGAUAGCGCGAUAGACGCACAGCAAACGGAUACAGAAGAGGAAUGUUCGUUUUUAAAGAUCGAAAACGUAGUUAGUCUUGCACCAGGGUCCAAUGAAAGCAUUAUUGUAAAUGAUAUUAGGAAAGCAGUGGAGAUCUCUCCAACGAAGAACAAAGAAAUAUCUAUAUUAAGGAAAACCAAUCAACCUUUAAUAUUGAAAAAGAUAAUUUUACCGCAAUCGUUAGUAAAUACGAGCAUGCAAGGUAAAUCCGAUCAAGAAUUUGCCAACUUAUCAGUAAAAUCCAUUGGCACACAUUUAAUAUCGAAUUCCUUUAUAGUAACUCCAAAGCAACUGGUGGUACCUUCAUCGACAAGCCCAUCGGCUUUGAAUUGCAGACAAAAAAAAAUCCAAGUGAUACGUACAUUUUUGCCAUCUGGCAUUAGUACUAAGGAAAUCACGCCUGUUACGAUCAAUUUUAAAUCUCCGAAUGCAUACACGUCGAUGUUAAUGAAGCCAAAGCUGUGUCACUUCUAUAAAUGCAUGGAACCUAAUUGCGAUUUCACAACCGAUGUUGAAAUAGAUUACUCCCAACACUAUCUUAAACACUACGUGGAUUCGAGCAAGCAGAAUAAUCCAGUAUCGCGCGAUUAUGAAAAGUGUGCUUAUUGUAACACAUCUCUGAAGGAUUGGAUAAGCAUGAAAACUCAUUUGUGGGAGAAACAUAGCCAUUGUCGGUAUCAGUGCGGUUACUGCUUCUAUCGAGCUAUCGUACCGGCCUUUGUACAACACCAUCAAACGACUUGUCAUCCCGGCACUGAAUCUUGCAUUUUAUUGGGCAAGAUGCUAAAGCCGGCCCCAAAACAAGAAAAUAUUAACCGCACCGAAUACAUAAUGCCUUUUGUAUGCAAACUUGAUUGCGGCAAAAUCUUUUACAUACCUGAAACAUUUAUCACGCACUUAAAGACUAAACAUCCAACUUCUCUUAGAUACAGAUGUCAUUUGUGCAAUUCUACGUACUUCACAAUAGAACUUCUUAUGUCUCAUUAUAGAUUGCAUGAAUAUAGCAAAUACCAAUGCUUAUAUUGUUUAUGUGGUCGCGAUAAUUUAAACGAAAUGCAUCAGCAUUUGAGCUCCCUUCAUAACAAUCGACUAGCUCAGUUUCUGGAGCGUUCGCUUCCUGCAACGCCAUCACACGAUAAAAGCGUUAUACAGCAGCUUCUUGUGAGAAUGUUUGACCAGAAAACAAUUCAAGGAGACAUUGGUUUAAACGCUGACGAUGCCAAAAAAAAUACAACCAAGAAAUAUGCUAAUCAAAUCUCUACAGCAUUGUUAAAUGUUAAAAGUGUUUUGAAUGAAGCUCGGUCUAAUCCGCCAAACAAUUCAAGGAAAGACGAUGUUAUUGGAACAGUCAAUGAUAAUUUAAAGAACAUCGAAGUUAACGUUACCAAUGUCUUAACAAAACUGUCUGCAGAUGUAUCUCUCGCCAAUGCUAAUAAAAAAACACGUAAUGGUAUUGCUGAAAAGCCUGUGCAAAAGGAGCCGUCUCUGCAAUCGGAGACGAAAAAAUUAAGUGAUUGUGCCACAAAUCAGAUUCUUCGGGAACCGCAAUUAGAGCUGUUAUCAUCUAAAAAUGAUUCCAACACGAUCAACUCCAACCCAAUAGAAUUUUUAGGUGAUUUUAAUUGCAGCGACGAAUUCGUAAAUACUAAUCUUCUCGAUAACGCGGAAUUAUUUAAAAAAUUUACACCCAAUUCCAACAACUUGUCUAAAGCCACGGAUAAAACUGACGACAGUGACAUCGAGAUAUUGGAAAGCGAAGAGAAAAUUGCGCAAGAAAACGUUGAAAAUAAUGUAAAUAAAAUUACAAAGGAGGCGGUUCUUAAAUCAAAAAUUGAUAUUGUUGAUGAAAACAUUAAAGAACAGGUUGCACCUAGCGAUACUACCGAAACAGAACGUACGCCCACAGACGUGUUGGCAGACAAGUCGGCAAGCGUGUUGGCAGACAAGUCAGCAGGCGUGUUGGCAGACAAGUCAGCAGGCGUGUUGGCAGACAAGUCAGCAGGCGUGUUGGCAGACAAGUCAGCAGGCGUGUUGGCAGACAAGUCAGCAGGCGUGUUGGCAGACAAGUCGGCAGACGUGUCGGAAAACGUGUCGGCAGACGUGUCGGAAAACGUGUCGGCAGACGUGUCGGAAAACGUGUCGGCAGACGUGUCGGAAAACGUGUCGGAAAAUGUGUCGGCAGACGUGUCGGAAAAUGUGUCGGCAGACGUGUCGGAAAAUGUGUCGACAGACGUGUCGGAAAAUGUGUCGGCAGACGUAUCGGAAAAUGUGUCGGCAGACGUGUCGGAAAAUGUGUCGGCAGACGUGUCGGAAAAUGUGUCGGCAGACGUGUCGGAAAAUGUGUCGGCAGACGUGUCGGAAAAUGUGUCGGCAGACGUAUUGGAAAAUGUGUCGGCAGACGUGUCGGAAGAUAUGUCAGAAGAUGUGUCGGCAGACGUGUCGGAAGAUGUGUCGGCAGACCAGCCUUUAACUUUGGAUGACAUUAAAGAUACUGGCCGUGUUGGACAUGACUUAUAUAAAUGCGGUUAUAUGGAUUGCAAUUUCACAGCGUCAAACGCAAUUUUGUUGAAAACACACAUCAAAAAGUGCAAUCUCGUGGUGGGAGAGCCUAUCAAAAACUUAUUUUGUCCGCAUUGUAAAAAACGUUUUGUUAAAAUUGGCUUGCUCCUAGAACAUAUGAAGACUCAUGGAUUAAAACGUUUUGGAUGUUCGUUGUGUAAAUUGAGAUAUUCUGUUUCGUAUCAAGCUACGGCUCACAUGAAGCAAAAACACAAGUUAUUCAAUCCGAAGUUAGUUCCUGCCGACCCGACAAAUCCAUCGGCUGAUGGUCUUUUUAUUGUACACGCAACUCCUCACGCAUCUGAACGAAGAUCCAAGAAGCGUAGAAGUAACAGAUUGGGAACGGAACAAGAAAAUGAAAAAUCUGCCGAUAACGAAAAGUUAUCAUUCAGUCCUGACGAGAUAGAACAAUUACCACGUCAGGCAAUUUACAAUCGGGAGGUUCAGUGUGCUGUUUGUCCUUACACAACUAAAGUUCGGACAAAUAUUGUUCGGCAUUUAAAAUUACACGCAAAAGAUGAAAGCGUACCUGAAAGCGGCCCGGUUAAUCCUGUUCCUUGUUUAGAUAAAAAAGAAAAAAUGUUUGAUAAGAUGGUGAAUCUAGCGAGCAGCUCGCACCAAAACGGUCGUAUGGGUCCAAAACCCAGAGAACCUGUUAAAGAAAGCGAGGAAGACGACACUAUACCGAAGUUUGUACCGGAACACAAAAGAUACGUGUGCAGCGUAGCUGAAUGCAAUUAUUUAACGGUGGAUGAAGCAAUGUUAAGAUAUCAUUUAAAGGCUUUACAUUCAGAAGAGCCAUAUUUUCGUUGUCCACAUUGCCCCUCACCUCCGCCGGGUCAAGAGAAUCAUAUAGCAAUCGACAAAAUGGGUAUUCAUUUAAAAAUGCACGAUACAAGACUGUAUAAAUGCUCCCAUUGCAAUCAUCAUCAUUAUCAUAGUAUUGAAAUGACAUCUAGGCAUGUUGUGGAGCGGCAUCUUACUGACAAGCACCCAGAGAAAAGACCUUUUGUGAAAGUAAUAAGGGAAAUUGAGAACACAGAAAAUGUCCAACAACCGGUCCAGGAAGAGACCGAGGAAGAGGUACCGGAUCCUGAUGGUAAUCAUUGGAAAUGCAAUCUUUGCGAUUUUAAAUGUGUUUAUAAGGCUGACGCAGCCACCCAUGCUGAUACGGUUCAUGGAGAGAGCUCUCAAUAUAAGUGCACUGUGUGUUCAUUCAAAACGAGCGGAAAGAUACUUCUUGAGCAGCAUAUAAAUAACAAACAUACAUACGAUACCAAAGCUGAUUAUACCAUGAUAUACCAGAGGAUAAAAGGUGUCAAUAAACGGAAUACGGAAGUUGUAGAGCAGAGCGGACAAGAUGAACCCUUCGAUACAACGCCACUUUGGAGAAGAAACAUGCCGCGUGUUCGACAUAUCCGCGGGAUUCUUUUGGAGGAGGAAACUGAAGAAUCUCCGACUAGCGAAACGUUUUCCACAACUUCAAAAGUAUCUCUAGGCAAACGUAAGAACGAUGCAGAAAUGGGGGCAAAGCCGGCUAAAAUAAAAUCAACUGGAAAAUCGACGUCUCUCGACGAAAAUAAUAAACAGUAUAGGGAGAAAUUAAAACGAUCGUUUUCGUGUGAGGCGGACGGCGAGAGACAAAUUAUGAAGGAAAACGCACAGGGCAAAUUCGAUUCGCGCAACGUCAUCGGAAACAAAUUAAAUAAAGACUUGGGCGAACUAAGUGAUUCUGACAUGGGCAGAUUUGGACCUUACGGCAAACCAGAAGGCAAUAUGUAUGUCUGUACACUGUGUAAUCACUUCAAGACAAAAUAUAAGCACGAUAUGAGAGAUCACCUUUAUAGAGAGUUGAAAUAUCCUAGAUGGCACUGUAAGGUUUGCGGAUAUUUAUCGGUAAAUCGUAAAUCAUUGCUGCAGCAUUUUGGAAAACGUCAUAAUGGGGAAAGUCCAGAACACGAGCCACUUACUCCGGAUAAUUCGAUUGAAGAUUGGGUGACAACUUUAUUGAAGAGACAAUCGGACAUGAUCAAAGCUACGCUUCGCGGCAUAAAUGUUCACAAAAGUACUAGUUCUUCAAGUCCAGAUACUAAUCUCACAAAAAUCUCAAGCGACAAGAAGACCGUGAAUCUUGCACCUACGAUAUCCAAUCUGCAAAAUGACAUUCUUGAAGAUGCUAAUAGAGGCACUAUAGACACUGACGAUGGCGACAGCCAAGACGAGGAUCUUGUAAUUGACAUGAAGGAGGACGAGGAUAGGAGCAAUGACGAGCUUGAAAAUGAUAAACUUCGCGAGAAGACCGAUGACGACCUGGAAAAGCCGAUUAUCUGCAAACACUGUCAAGUGAAAUUCACUCGUCAGCGCGGAUUCAAGAUGCACGUUCAAUAUUCUCACUUAAAACGGUUCGGUUUCCUAUGUCCUUACUGCGACCGCAGCAGUAACUCGGAAGUGACAAUACGUCAGCACGUCCGCGCGAAGCAUCCGAACGAACCAGAAAAGUUUGUACAAAAUGCAGAUACGUGGGGAAACUCUAAGCUGAACGACAAGUUCUGGGAAAAGGAAUACGGUCUCUCUCCACAGAAACCGAAAAAGCGGAAAUUAAACCCAGAAAACAACGCUACUUCUUCCACAGCCGUAACCGCUUCUGCUGGUAAUCGUGUAGAGAAAUGCAAGAUGUGCAAUUUCACAGCCGCAAAUUACACUGGCUUGAAGAGUCAUAUGAGGACACAUACUUAUAAACACAAAUUCAAGUGUCUGUAUUGCACCUACAGUUGUUUGCUCAAGGCAGAGAUGUUGGAACAUUGCGAUUUAAAUCAUCCUUCGGUGCCGUGGAAAUUUAAGGAACUGUCCUCGGCUGGCUCUUCUUCCGUCGAGACAAAAAAUAAACCAUCGACGUCUCAAAAACAGGAUGUCGACGCGUCGAAGAAUGUGGAGGAGGAAUUGUGCGAUCCAGCACAAACCAUAUACUACGGCUGUUUCUAUUGUGAUCUUCGCAGCAAUUCGCUGCCAUCCAUCAAGCAACACUGGAAUCUUAUACACAAGGAUUCAAAGAGUUCGAAUAAUACUGUCAGUGCAAAGUUUCCGUUUAGAUAUAAGGAGAUAUCUGUGCAGAAAUUGUCAUAUACAAAUUCCAUGAAGAAAAAAGUCACCACACUUGACAAAACUAAGCAGGCAGAGAAUUUAUCGCCUAUUGUUCAACAGCACGGAUGGAUUUGUGAAUGGUGCCAAGAAUUUUGUGCAACCGACAGUAUUCGAGUAAGGCAUCAGAACAUGUACCAUUCGCAUUUACCACACAAAUGGCAGAAGCAACAGCAGCAGGCGCAAGACCAGUCGAAAGACACGUUAGUACGAUUGCCCGUAUCUAAUUUCGAGAAGUACGCAACGAAUUCGAAGACUGUCCCAAGCUUUGAGUCGGUCCUAGAAAGGUUGAAGCACGUGAGGCAGACCGAAUCCAAUGACAUGAAGAACGAUCAGAGUUCUAUGUUGGAUAUCUCCACAUCGGAAGGAGAUUCCAGCGAUGGUCCUCAUGGUAUCGCGAGGAAAUCCACCACCAAAUCAGUCAUUCCGUGCGCAAAACCGGGUCCACGUGUAUUUAAAGCUGUUGCACGCAAAUCCACGAAUCCAAGACCGAGCAUUUUUACGCCACAUCUGUCUGCAGUGGACAGUACAGACACGGAAUUCGAAGAGGAUAUGGAAGAGGAAGAGGAGGAAAUAACACGAAGUAAAGCGUUCUCGUAUUAUGGAAUACCAAGCAGCCCAAUUAAUCUAGCUGAGUUGAACACAUAUAUGGUCGUCGGUGGCCACUCUAUGAGAGUAAACUGUAUGACUCUUGCAACAUUAAUUGAUAUCAAGCCAAAAGUAUUAUUGAAAGAUAUCAAGAAAGAUCCUAAAUACGCCGCGAGUCUGUCAAAUUUGGAUUAA